AUGGCUCCCAGAGAGAAAAACACCACCGCCGCCGUAAAACCGAGCGGCGGCGGGUUGGAGGGCAAGGAGGCGCACUUUCGAGGAGUGAGGAAGAGGCCGUGGGGGAGGUACGCCGCCGAGAUCAGGGAUCCCGGGAAGAAGAGCCGCGUGUGGCUGGGAACCUUCGACACGGCGGAGGAAGCCGCCCGCGCCUACGACGCCGCCGCCCGGGAAUUCCGCGGGGCGAAAGCCAAGACCAAUUUCCCCUUCCCUGAUUCGUUCGUUUCUUCCCCCAUUCCGAUGAUGAGUAACAAGAAGGGAAUCGUCGCCGCCGCCGCCGCCAACCAUUUUGUCGCCGGGAAGAGCCGGAGCCCCAGCCAGACGAGCACGGUGGAGUCCUCCAGCAGGGAAGGUCCGGCUGCGCCGCCGCCGAUGAUGACGUUGAUGACCGACUCGUCUCCCCCUCUGGAUCUGAAUCUCGGUCCCAUGGGCGGCGGCGUCCGCUUCCCGUUUCAGCCGAUGGCGCCGCCGCCUGCGGCGGCGGCCAACCACCCUCCGCAUCACGUGUUUUAUUACGAUGCGAUGAUGAAGAGCGCGCAGUACCAGAGGAUGAUGUUCGAUCACCAUCGUCAGCAGCAGCAGCAGCAAUACCACAAUCGCCCCCAGGCGAUGGUUAGCGGCGGCUGCGGUGGGGUCCAGAGCGAUUCAGAUUCGUCCUCCGUCGUCGAUGCGAACCACCACCAGGCCAGCGAUCCGAACGCGACGUCGUCGGCGACGACCAGAUCUCUCGAUCUGGAUCUGAAUUUCCCUCCGCCGCCAGAGUCCGCCUGA